GGAAGAGAAAAAGCCAUUUCUUCUCAUCAACUUCGUCUUCUCCAUUAUCUCUCUACCAAAUCUGGCAGAGAAAAAUAACAAAAUCGAAGAGGAACCAAUCUUGAAAGGUUUUUAAUGGAUAAGAGCUCUAACUCUUCCGGUGAUUCCUCCGCCGUAUCCGCCUCCGCAACGAGUAGUAGUACCGGUAACAAUAGUACGAACAGAGAUCAUUAUCUGAGACAACUCAAUAAGCUUUCUCAUAAGAUAUCAAAACCGACAAACUCAUCCUCCUCCGCACCCGCCGCCGUGGAUCGUGAAACGGAUCAUCUCCCUCCUCCGCCGCCAAUUAAUCAUGGGAACCUCCACCAACAUCAGCCUCCUGUUUACAAUAUCAACAAGAACGAUUUCAGAGACGUGGUUCAGAAACUCACGGGCUCCCCUGCACAUGAACGGAUCUCUGCUCCGCCGCAACAACCGAUUCAUCACCCUAAGCCUCAACAGAGUUCCCGUCUACACAGGAUCCGUCCUCCUCCUUUGGCUCACGUUAUCAAUCGUCCCCCUGGUUUGCUAAAUGACGCUCUUAUCCCCCAAGCUUCUUCUCAUCACAUGAAUCAAACCUGGACCGGCGCUGGGUUUAACCUUCGACCUACGGCGCCGCUUUCUCCUCUCCCCCCGCUUCCUCCCGUCCACGCGGCGGCGGAAUCUCCUGUCUCUUCCUACAUGCGGUACCUUCAGAACUCGAUGUUCGCCAUCGAUUCGAAUCGUAAAGAGUUCUCUGGCUUAUCUCCGUUGGCUCCUUUAGUCUCACCUCGUUGGUACCAACAACAGCAGGAAAACGCUCCGCCGUCUCAUAACAGUCUUCCGCCACCACAUCCUCCUCCUCCUUCCGCCGCUUCCGUAACAGUCUCGCAGACGGCGCCGACAUCGAUUCCUGCGCCUCCGCCGUUCGGAUGUUUGAAUUCGCCUAAAUCGCCAUACGGAUUACUCUCACCAAGUAUACUUCUUUCUCCAACGUCAGGUCAACUAGGGUUCCCGGUAUCUCCGACGACGGUGCCGCUUCCUAGCCCUAAAUACAAAGGUCAUUGAUCAGAAAAAGACGUCGGAACACCUCUUGUCGGUCAAAUUCACAAACGUCGUCGUUUUGACCUUCGCGACGAAAUCCCCUUUGUUCUUUUUGUACAUCAUUAGUGGAGUGGUGGAUCAUUUGUUUUUUAUUUCUUUUUUAAAAUUAACUCCAAAUUACUUGAAUCCUUUUCUUUUUUUAACUUUCUUUUGUUCCAAUGUUUUUGUUCAUGUUAGAAACAAAGAGUAGGAAAAAGAAAGGUAUACACUUUUGCAACUCUACUAAAUUCUUAUAAGUUUGCCACAUUUCAUUGCUUUGUAGAUCAGAUUUGUGCACACUUGUUUGUUUCUUCGAUUGGAUAUGCUCUACGGUAAUGCAAUUUGGAUACCUAUUCCAAUCACUUCACUGUUCCUUUCGUUGAAUUUUUUGCUCUGAUGCUUUCACUUUCAGUUGAAAUUUCAAACUCUGACGAGAUCAUUAAUUUUGAACCUGUAGAAGUGUAAAUGACUAACGAGUGCCUAUACUUUCUUUUGAAGGGUAUUUUUAUAUAAUCAAACUGAUGACUGAUCAUCUUCAAACCAGGUCAAGUAAUUGGCUUCACCUUUACACAUCCAGUCCAAUAAUCUAGUCUGCUUUUAAAAAAUAGACAACAAUCUACGCAGCAAGAUGAGAGAGACAAGAGACUUUAUGAUCUUCAAUUGAUGAGAAGACAAAGCAAGGUUCGAUUGCACAGACAUUGAAAUCGAUAACAAACAAAAAAAAAA